AUGGCCACACUCGACGCAACAUUGGAUGAAAUUAUUGUCGAUAAUAACGAAGAUGAUGCACCAUCAUCCGAGGUAAUAGCAGAAUCAGAGGUGAAAAGAGUAGAGAUUGCAAAAUUAAUUCCUGCUAUUUCACCAUCAAAUUUUAAUGCAAUAAUAAUUUAUAGUGAUGAGAAGGUAAUUGAAUUGGGAAGAAAGCCAGAGUUUAGACCCGAAUGUAUUUUUUCUGAUGGAAGAAUAUCAACAGUGCAUGGACGAGUGAAUAUUAUCUGUGAUGAAGGAAAGGCAUCUUCCGAUCCUACUAAAUAUUCUAUUCAAUUCACUGAUCUUGGAAGAAAUGGAUGUUUUGUGAAUGGAAAGAAACUUGGUACCAAUAAUAGUGUAAUUCUUUCAGAGGGAGAUACGAUAGGAUUGGUUGUUCCCUCUAUUUCUCACAAACUAAGCUCAGAAUUACCAAUCUACACAUUGGCACUUUGUAAUAGUACACCUCCUCCUAAUCAACAAACACAAGAAUUGGCAGAUCAAGAGGAGCAACGUACUCAAGAAAUAGAUGAUGCAAUGGCUAAUGAAUUGACCUGCCCAAUUUGUUCUGGUAUCUUCUAUAGACCAGUGUCUGUUAUUCCAUGCUUGCAUAACUUUUGCUCUUCAUGUCUUUCUUCUUGGUUAAAUCCAAGCAAUAAUAAUUCAUAUUUUGGUCAAAAUAUGAAUUGUCCAACUUGCAGAGCUACCAUCCAAGAAGUUAGAAAAAAUCCAACAUUGAACAACUUGACAGAGACUUACUUGAAAACACAUCCAAAGCAAGAUCGUGAAAAGGAAGAAAAAGAGGAAAUGGACAAGAAGGAUGCUUACAUUAAUAAGACUGAUCUUGUUCUCUAUAAGAGAAAUAAUAAUAAUAAUGACGAUAGUGACAGCGAUAGUGACGAUGAUUAUCAUCGUCGUAGAAGAAACAGACGUGAUGAGACAUCAUCUGAUGAAAGUGACAGUGAUGAUGAUACGCCAGUUCGUGUUUGUGAUGAAUGUACAAAUCCAAAUCCUAUCGAUAACUAUCAAUGUGCUGCUCAUGCCCUCCAUAACUCUUGUUCAACAUGUAAUUGUAGAUUAGCUUUCAGACACCAUGACACUUCUCUUUCCCCUGAUAGAAGACAAAACUGUGAAUUAUGUGGAAUGAUUUAUUGUAAUUUAUACAAACAAGUUACCAAUACUCAAAGUCCAUGCUACAUUUCAGGAAUUCACAAACUCAAAGAACACACUUCUAUAAUUUCUUUGCCUUCCACUUGUUUGAACAAUAAUCAAGUUGAACGAGAUAUCUUAAUUGAUUAUAUUAGAACAAAGAAUAUUACAGUUCAGGAUGUUUACAAUACAUGCAUGACUAAGGUUGAAUCUGGCACCUACACUCACCCUUCCUAUCCAAACUUUACAACUGAUUCACGAUUCUGUCAAUCAUGUGCCUACAAGUACUUUAACGAACUCAUUUACUGUUAUAGAGCUGAAAUUGAUUCUGCUGACUUACCUGCCACUGUAACAUCCAGACCAACUUGUUGGUAUGGUCGCGAUUGUAGAACACAAAUUCACAAUCGAGGACACGCCAGCAGGUUUAACCAUAUUUCAGAAAAUACAUCCAAUAAUAGACAUUAA